GAGCAGGAAGCUGUAAUGAGCGGUUCUGGAGACUUUGAAGCUCUGUCGCCAUUCUGAGGUCCUUGACUGACGAGCCUUCUGCUUUCUCCUCCCUGUGGGGCUCCUCCUGCAGAUGUGCUGAGCACAUCUCGUCCUUAGCAUCGCUGCAGUCCUGCGCUGUGUCCAGGUCUUGAGAAACUAGAGUUCAGGCACUCCUGGAUCAGUCUUUUCACUGCAAUAUUGGAAAUACUAUGAAGCCUGCUUGCUUUGCACUCCUUUGGGCAGUGCUCAGUACUGAGCUGCUCACAAGCCACGGCUCCACUGCCAAAUCCCCAAGGUUCAGAGGACGCGUGCAGCAGGAGCGCAAAAAUAUCAGACCAAAUAUUAUACUUGUACUCACAGACGAUCAAGAUGUGGAGCUUGGGUCCUUGCAGGUGAUGAAUAAGACCAGGCGGAUCAUGGAGAACGGAGGGGCCUCUUUUAUCAACGCAUUUGUGACCACACCGAUGUGCUGCCCUUCGCGCUCGUCCAUGCUCACCGGGAAGUAUGUGCACAACCACAAUGUCUACACCAACAACGAGAACUGCUCAUCCCCCUCAUGGCAGGCUACCCACGAGCCACGGACCUUCGCCGUGUAUCUCAAUAACACGGGGUACCGGACAGCUUUUUUUGGGAAGUACCUCAAUGAAUACAAUGGCAGCUACAUCCCUCCUGGGUGGAGAGAGUGGGUUGGAUUAGUGAAGAACUCCCGCUUCUAUAAUUACACCAUUUCUCGCAAUGGUAACAAAGAGAAGCAUGGAUUUGAUUAUGCAAAGGACUACUUCACAGACCUAAUCACUAACGAGAGCAUUAAUUACUUCAGAACGUCUAAGAGGAUAUAUCCCCAUAGGCCCAUAAUGAUGGUCAUCAGCCAUGCUGCUCCCCACGGCCCAGAGGAUUCUGCGCCACAGUUUUCCGAGCUCUAUCCCAAUGCUUCGCAGCAUAUCACCCCCAGCUAUAAUUAUGCACCGAAUAUGGAUAAGCACUGGAUCAUGCAGUACACCGGGCCCAUGCUGCCUAUCCACAUGGAGUUUACCAAUGUCUUGCAACGCAAAAGACUUCAGACCCUGAUGUCAGUUGAUGACUCUAUGGAAAGAUUAUACCAAAUGCUUGUGGAGACGGGAGAACUGGAGAAUACCUACAUAAUUUACACUGCUGACCAUGGUUACCAUAUUGGGCAGUUUGGACUGGUCAAGGGGAAGUCAAUGCCAUAUGACUUUGAUAUUCGAGUUCCUUUCUUUAUUCGUGGUCCAAGUGUAGAGCCGGGAUCAGUAGUGCCUCAGAUAGUUCUGAAUAUUGACCUUGCUCCAACAAUUCUGGAUAUUGCAGGACUUGACACGCCUCCAGACAUGGAUGGCAAAUCUGUCCUAAAACUUCUGGACCUAGAGAGGCCAGGAAACAGGUUUCGAACAAACAAGAAGACUAAAAUUUGGCGUGACACAUUUCUGGUGGAAAGAGGUAAAUUUCUACGCAAGAAGGAGGAAACCAACAAAAACACUCAGCAAUCUAAUCAGCUACCAAAAUAUGAGAGAGUAAAGGAAUUAUGCCAGCAAGCAAGAUACCAAACAGCCUGUGAACAACCAGGACAGAAGUGGCAGUGCACGGAGGACGCUGCGGGCAAGCUGCGCAUCCACAAGUGCAAGGCGCCCGGCGAGGUGCUCGCGCUGCGGAAGCGGACGCGCAGCGUGCACGCGCGCGGCUACGGCGCCAAGGGCAAGGGCUGCGCCUGCGACGGCACCCACGACCGCGGCGCCCGCGCCCAGAGGAAGAACCAGCGGCAGUUCCUGAGGAACCCCGGUGCGCCAAAAUACAAACCACGAUUUGUUCACACUCGCCAAACCCGGUCUUUGUCUGUGGAAUUUGAAGGUGAAAUAUAUGACAUAAAUCUGGAAGAGGAAGAACUGCAGAUGUUAAAGAAGACCAAAAGUAUCAGCAAGCGUCACGAUGCUGAAAAUGAGGAGGAAGCAGGGGCAACUGAUGGUGCUCCUCGUGACGUAAUGAUAGCUGAUGGCACAGAUACCAUAGGUCAACCUAACUCCGUCAGAGUGACACACAAGUGUUUUAUUCUUCCCAAUGACACUAUUCACUGUGAGAGAGAACUGUACCAAUCAGCGAGAGCUUGGAAGGACCACAAGGCUUACAUUGAUAAGGAGAUCGAAGCUCUGCAAGAUAAAAUUAAGAAUUUAAGGGAAGUUAGAGGACACCUGAAAAGAAGAAAACCAGAUGAAUGUGACUGUAGUAAACAGAGCUUUUACAACAAAGAGAAAGGGGUGAAAGCCCAAGAGAAACUCAAGACCCACCUUCAUCCAUUCAAAGAAGCAGCACAGGAAGUUGAUGGCAAACUGCAGCUCUUCAAAGAGAAUCGUAGGAGGAAAAAGGAACGAAAGGGAAAAAAGCGCCAGAAGAAAGGAGAUGAAUGUAGUCUUCCUGGACUGACAUGUUUUACCCAUGAUAACAACCACUGGCAAACAGCCCCGUUUUGGAACUUGGGAUCUUUCUGUGCUUGCACAAGCUCAAACAACAACACCUACUGGUGUUUGCGAACAGUUAAUGAUACCCACAAUUUUCUCUUUUGUGAGUUUGCAACUGGCUUCCUGGAGUAUUUUGAUAUGAACACUGAUCCUUACCAGCUGACGAAUACAGUCCAUACAGUGGAAAGAGGCAUUUUGAAUCAAUUACACAUACAGCUAAUGGAACUGCGAAGCUGUCAGGGUUACAAGCAGUGCAAUCCAAGACCUAAAGGACUUGAAACAGGAAAUAAAGAUGGAGGAAGCUAUGAUCCACACAGAGGACAGUUAUGGGAUGGAUGGGAAGGCUAACCUGCCAAAUUUCACUGGUGACGUCGACUGGCAAGGACUGGAAGACUUGUACAGUGUGAAUGAGAGUGUAUAUGAACACAGAUCCAACUAUAGACUUAGUCUGGCUGACUGGACUAAUUACUUGAAGGAUGUAGCUAGAAUGUUUGCACUGCUGAACAGUUAUUAUGAGCAAAACAAAAUGGACAAGACCAACAGUGCUCAAAACAAUGGAGAUGUGGAUGAAUCAUCUACACCAUUUACCGUGGUGGAAAUGAACUCGGCYGAGGAAUCAAGCGGCCUGACUGCAGGAGAGUCCCCGCUUAUUGUGCCAACAGACUUAGCAGUCCUAGCUUUGAGCA